GCUUGAGAGAGAGCGAGCGAGCGAGCGGGGCGGGGAGGAGACGAUCUGCUGCUAGCGCCGUGCCGCCCGAACUCAAACUGUAGCAGCAGCAGCAUCGCUUAGCUACACGGAAACGCCAACGCAGGAGCAGCGACGGCUCUUCGCCUGUGUGUGCGCGCAGUGAAACUAGUUCAGUGAGUUAUUUGGAGACGGCGGCUGCUAACCAUGAAGCGAAGCCGUGUUCCCAGCACCAGCGAGGAGUCUGAUAAUGGAAGUAAUUGCACAUCAUGGUCUCAGAUGUCCAGCUCCCAUCACAGGAGGCGAGACGGGAAGAGACCGUCGGAGGUGUUCAGGACUGAUUUCAUCACAGCGAUGAAGCUUCACGACUCCUACCAGCUCAAUCCAGAGGAUUACUACGUGCUUUCGGACCCUUGGAGACAGGAAUGGGAAAAGGGUGUCCAGGUUCCCGUGAGCCCCGAGUCCAUCCCCAAACCUGCAGUACGCAUUGUAGCGGAGAAAUCGUCCAGUUUGUUGUUCACACGGCCGAAGAAACUGAUUCGCUCGUGGGGUCCAGAAGCGUCAGUGUUGGGGUACGUGGGCAUUGGGACGCUCUCUGAGGGGAUGUGCCGUUAUGACCUGAACGAGGAAGACGUCGCCUGGCUGGAGGUGGCGAACAGAGAGUUCAAUCAGAUGGGCUUGCAGCUGCUGGACGAGAACACCAUGGAGAGACUCAUGGAGGAGUUUGAGCGCCGUUGCUAUGACAACAUGAGCCAUGCAAUGGAAACAGAGGAGGGGCUUGGGAUCGAGUAUGAUGAGGACGUGGUGUGUGACGUCUGUCAGUCACCUGACGGAGAGGACGGCAACGAGAUGGUGUUUUGUGACAAGUGCAACAUAUGUGUGCAUCAGGCGUGUUAUGGCAUCCUGAAAGUUCCAGAAGGCAGCUGGCUGUGCCGGACAUGCGCGCUGGGCAUCUCGCCUAAAUGCCAGCUCUGCCCGAAGAAAGGCGGAGCCAUGAAACCCACCCGCAGUGGCAGCAAGUGGGUCCACGUGAGCUGUGCCCUGUGGAUACCAGAGGUGAGCAUAGGUAACCCAGAGAAGAUGGAACCCAUUACGAGUGUGUCUCAGAUCCCUAAUAACCGAUGGGCUCUAAUCUGCUGUCUGUGUAAAGAGAAGACUGGAGCUUGCAUACAGUGCUCAGCAAAGAGCUGCCGUGUGGCCUUCCAUGUUACCUGUGGUCUGCAGCACGGCCUAAAAAUGAACACCAUCCUGACGGAUGAGGACGAAGUCAAGUUCAAAUCCUAUUGUCCCACGCACUCGGGUAUGGACUGGCACGAGCAGAGCGGCAUAAUAGAUGAUAAAGGGAUCGCAGGGAGGGCAAAAGGAGCAGACGGAGCACGGCUCAGCGAAAGAAAGCUCCGCGUACAGCAGCUGGAGGAUGAGUUCUACAGAUUCGUCAACAUAGAGGAGGUCUCCAAACACCUGCAUGUGCCACUGGAGAACGUGGACUUCCUGUUUCAAUACUGGAAGUUGAAACGCAAAUCAAACUUCAACCAGCCGCUCAUUACACCCAAGCGAGAAGAGGAGGAAAGCCUCGCUCGGCGAGAACAGGAAGUGCUACUUCGCAGGCUUCGCCUCUUUACCCACCUGCGCCAGGACCUGGAGAGGGUGAGGAACCUGACCUACAUGGUGACCCGUCGGGAGAAGAUCAAACGCUCUGUGUGUCGAGUGCAGGAGCAGAUUUUUCAUCACCACGUCCGGUUGCUGGAGCAAGGAAGACUUUCUGGCAUAUCUUCCACCAGGCAAUUGGAGGAGGCCAUGUUCUACUUCCGGGUCACACCUUCUGCAUCUACUUCCCCCCAGCCUCUGAGAGGUCACAUGGCUCAGAACAGUGCCACAGAGCUCUCACAGAGGAAGAGCGCAUCACGUCAUGGAGGCUCCAGACGAGGCCAGACCGAAGGGGACGAGUCCACCAAGAUGGACGCCUCCCUACUGAGCAAACUGUCCAGCUCAGACGGGGUCCCAAGUGCUGGCUGCGGUGGGAAUGAAACUGCAGCAAACGAGACAGAGCAGCCUGUAGGAGAGCGGAGGAAAAGGAGGAGGAACAGGAUUUGGGAGCAGCUACCAGAGAGAAACAACCCAGGGUCAAAGUUCGUAGAUGAGACUGCACAGAAGAGUAUAAUGGAUCAUAAUGCGAUGAUGAUGUCUGAUAGCAAAGCGGCAGAAAUGAAGACUUCUGUUACAGUGCAGAAUGUGUACAAUGGUUCUCUUAGGAGGAUGAAUUCGAGUCAGCAUCAGGGAAAGAUGAUGUCGGAGAAAGUGUCCAAUGUUAAAAACUGGGGAAACUUCCGCAUUCCAAAACGAAGCGAUAGCAAAGGAGCGGAAGGAGAGCAGGAAGUGGAGGGGAGAGACUUUACCCAUUCUCAUCCCAUCAGAUCUCUAGAUGCAAGCCACACCCCCACCUCCCCUCCAAUCAGAACUCGGCUAAGGACGGGUGCGGAGAACCGUAACCUCGGUUCAGAGGCCGAUCACAGCCAAUCAGAGCAGCAGAAGAAGAGAUGCCACACCCAGCGACUCCGGAGUCACGACCCGGUAACACAGCGGUACGGCUCGGAGGUUUUGCGGCGUGGAGUUCUCGCGUCAUGAAACGACACCAUGAAAACUUUGUGAAGUUAUGUGUCAAAUAACUUUUUCUUGUGUAAUCCAAAUAAAAGCAGCACUUAGAGGAGCCGCAUGUAAGAUUUUCCUUUGCGUUCGGAUUUCAUCGGUUGCAGACAUCGUGUUUAGUGUUAUUUACAAACAGUAAAGUAUUUAGUUCCUGAAUGGGUUCUUUAAACAUCAUUCCAGUCCUGAGACAUAACGGAACCGGACAGGUUGAUCAUGCAGACACAUUUAUACUCAAAUAGCUUGUUUCUAGGUAAAAUGUAUUGCUGUGAUGAAAAUACAGUAGACUUUGCUUCACAGUAAUCUUACAUGUAGCUCCUUUUAAGCUUCUGUUACCGGACAGGUAUUUAUUUUUCUAUUUCAUAUCUUUCUCGAUGCUGCUUCUUUUUAUUUUGUACUUAAUUUAGCUGGCUUUCCUUUAUUUUCCUCUCGUCGCCUGCUACAAUGCGUAGUGCAUAUGACAAGGUCUCAGAGGCUGAAUGCUAAGCUUGUAAUCAAAGACAAUGAAAUUAGUUUAGCUAAUUAGCUCGUUUUUCUGUUGGAUACCUGUCAGAAACGAACGCAAACGUGAUUUCUGGAUCAUGUCUUGUUUUUUUUUUUUUUUUCUUCCUUAAGAAUUGCUUACAGCAGUAGUGUUGAACACUGGUCUGAAUCAAGUGAUGAAACUCGCUGACGUGUACAAUCGUGACUAGCACUUAGUUCAGUAGGUUCCAGUUCAAGGCCUAGGGAAUUCCUGCACUGCACUGCACAGAUUAUUUGUGUUUUUCUCAUCCUGACAUGCCUGUUAAGCCCUUUAGCUGGUCGAGUCAUGUGCGUAAAGUAGGAAAAUGUCAUGUUCUGAGGCUCCUGAGAUUGAGAACCACUGACUUGGUAAUGUAUAUGCAUACACUUUAAAAUAGAAAACGAUGCCCUGCAUUCCACUCGUUUUCAACGUGCCCUUGUUGACUUCCCUUCCUGACUUGGUGAGGAAGGUGUGUGCAUGUGGGAGUAUCUUGAGCACAAUGUACUUAAAUUCAGUCUCUCUGAAAUUUUACAGUGUAUUUGCUUUAAAAUAUGCACAUAUUGGCCUUGCUAAGUAGCUGGUAUUCUGACCAGCUACCAGAUUAAAACCCAAUUCGAAUGCAGCAAAUCAUUAUGUAUUUUGAAAUAUAAAGUAUUUCACAUUGCUCCUGUUUGUUUUUAAACUGUUUGCGUCACCAUUUCUCACUUCAAUUUUGGAAUCGGAUUGCUGUACUGAUGCACCUUCUCUUCACUCAAUAUCUCAUCCAGCACAUCUUACUUAAUCUUAAAGUAUUGGAACAACCAUUUUUCAUAAGGGGGGAAAAGUCAUGGUGAAGGUGACCAGGGCAUGUGGGGAAAACCUGUCGGAACGUAGUCUUGGCCUUCCAGACUAGGCUCAAAUUAGUUAAUGUUUUUUUUUUUUUUUGUUUGUUUGUUUUUUUAAACCAAGAAUGAUAUCUGCAUUUCUCUUUUCAGAGGGUAGUUAGAUUAAUUCCAGGCUCUACCCAUGAAACUGUAUUUAUGAAUUAAUUUAUUUUGUUUUAAUGUUUUUGUUUUUUUUUUCUUUUCCUAUGAAAAGAGACUGUGGCACUCUUGUUGUUGUCAUGGCAUCUUUCUCUCCUCAGGUAAUUCUUUAUUUUGUGCACUUCCAUUUUCCCGAAAUUAACAACCAAGCCUGAUUCUUGACUGCAGAUUGUUUUAUCGCUGAGAAACAGCACUCGCAGUGAAACAGAGUCCACCAGUCGACUUGUUUCAAGGAAACUGGCGCAAAAGUGUUUUCUUUGGGGAAGAAAUUUUUAAAAUGCUUUCUUUUGUUGCAUUUAAAUAUUUGUGUACACGCUUCCUAAACACACGUUUCAAAUAAUUAUUAUAAUAAUAAUUUAAUUGAUCCCAGAACCAUCAAGUAUGAUUUUUUUUUUUUUUGGGGGGGGGGGAGAUAAUGAGCAUUUUUAAUUUUUUUCUAAAUUCAUAGAAAGCACUGUAACUUAAGAUCUCUACGUGAGAACAGAUUAAAAAGAUGCUCUGUCCUCUUCAAAACCUUGACGCUGAUCUUGUCAGAUCACUCCGUAAUCCUCAGCCGUCUCCCUGCUGUCCUUGUGACUGAGUUUAACCCACAGUACAUCUAAAGACUGAGCUCAGUCUUGAUUUAAUCCACCUUAGACAUUCUUUGACUUCAUGAAAUUGGACUCAAAAUGUAUUUUAAAAAGCGCAUCCUCCACUUAACAUGGGUUCAUGUUGCACUAAAGUUGUUAAAGUGAUUUAGAGAAAGUUAAAAAUUUGUGCCACAAAUGACUGAAAUCAUGAUGAAUUUUGGGAUAUUUUCUCAAACUUAAGCUUCACUACUUGUCAGCGUUGCCUUUGGUCAGUACAAAAUUAGAUUUGCACUUGGAUGUUUUUCUUUGUUUUUUGUUCGUUUAUGCUAAUUGCGAGCAGACUUCUGAGAGGUCUGUGUGGAUCUCGUGCCUGUGUGGCUUUGGUUAACAUGUUGCACUAGAAUAGAGCAAUGCAGCGCAGCUUGACUAUGUUCUCUAAAAAGUUAUUUUUCACAUACAAAGAGACCUUUUAUAUGAACAUGUGCUGCUGUAUUUUUUUGUUAUGCAUCUAUUUUGUGAAUAAACCCCUUUGAGAUUAAA